ACGUUCCAAAUCACUUUCACAAUAACAGCUUUAGGAAUCUUCUUUUCCAAACCGAUCUACGACAUUUUCUUUAGACCCAGUGAGCCUGUCGACUUUUCCGAGCCAGAGACCACGUUUGGGUUAAAACGGGUGGUUUCGAAGUAAUAUGGAUUCUGUCGCCAAAGCUAGAGACAGACUAGCUAAAUACCCGGUAGUAUUCGCCAAGUGCUCGAAGCAAGCUACGUUGUACGCUCGCUGCGUUUUGUUCAAAGAAGACACGUUAAAGAAAGGCGAUUGUGCCAAAGAGUUUGGUGAGUUUAAAACCUGCUUACAAGCGGCUGCUAAGGACAUCAAAACGAGGAUUUAA